AUGGCCCCGCCCCCUGGCCCGGCCCCGCCCCCUCGCCCCAGUCCGGGUCCAGCCGGAUCUCCUCCCCCUACACCUGGGGUAGCGAGGACACCCCGGGAGGACGCGGCCCAGGCCAUGCCCAUCGCCGCAGAAGUGGGGACACCUCAGGGCCCCAGGCCGGGGUCCACGGGCUUCUGGGACCCGGGCGCGCGCCCCGGGGCUAACGCAGCGCUCGGGGCGGCGCGGAGACGGCCGGCGCUUGGCCUCCGGCAGCGGCUCCGCGCGCGGGUCUCCUUCCCAUUUGAGAGCCGCGCGGAGCCCCAGCCGCAGGCAGAGCGCGGGCAGCGCCGAGCGGGCGGCGGGAAGGCAGCGGUGUCGGGCGGCCCGCCGCCCCCGCUAGCCCGGGCCACGCACACCCGCCGGCCGGGGAGAGGCCGGGGGGCGCGCGGGCGAGGACUGGCCGCCCGGCCCGGGGGCGUCCCGGGUGAGGACGGCCGCUGGCGUCCGAGGCAGCGCCGGCGGAGGACGCGCCCCCCGGAGGUGCGGCCCCGCGAGCCUCGGGCCGGGCUCCCCACCGCCGGCCCCGCGGCCCGGGAGGAGGGCGACGGCCGAGGAGGCGUGCGGCGGGGCCGGCGCGGUCGGGGCGGGGGCGGGGGCGGCCCGCCGGGGCUCCGGCUCGCGCUCGGGCUGGCGCUGCUGCUGGCGCGGCCGCCGUCGGGCCGCGCGGGGGCCCCCGAGGCGCAGGAGCCCGCGGCGCCCGCCACUGCGGCCCCGGCCGGGGGCGACCGCUGCCGCGGCUACUACGACGUGAUGGGCCAGUGGGACCCGCCCUUCAACUGCAGCUCGGGCGCCUACAGCUUCUGCUGCGGCACGUGCGGCUACCGCUUCUGCUGCCACGACGGGCCGCGGCGCCUCGACCAGAGCCGCUGCUCCAACUACGACACGCCGGCCUGGGUGCAGACGGGCCGGCCACCCGCGCGCGCCCGCGACGCCACCGCGCCCCGGGACCCGGGCCGCGAGCGCAGCCACACGGCCGUCUACGCGGUGUGCGGCGUCGCUGCGCUGCUCGUGCUGGCCGGCAUCGGGGCGCGCCUGGGCCUGGAGAGGGCGCACAGCCCGCGCGCGCGGCGCACGGUGACCAGGACACUCACAGAACUUCUGAAGCAGCCGGACUCCCAGGAGCCACUGCCUCCACCUCUGGGCCCACCUCUGGGUAGCUGUGUCCAGGUGCAGAUGAGUGAUGCCCCCCCCCGGGGCUCCCCCAACCACACAGACAGGAAGCGCCCCAACAACGUGCCCCUGGGGUCAGCGACCCCCGGCCCCCAGCGUGGCCCCAGGCUGCAGGGCAGGGGCAGCAUGACGCUGCAGCCCUAUGCCAAGUACGCCACCCUCAAGGCCGCAGCGCUCAAGGUCGCAGAAGCCACCCCACAGGACUUCUACCAGCGUUUCCCCGCAGCGGAAGCUGCCCCGUUGACCCUCCCUGCGCGGGCCCCGCGGCCCCACGAGGACUUGCCUGCGCUGCUCGACGCCUGCCCCUGGGCCCCGCCGGGCUACGCGCCCCCCGCUGGCCUUGCCCCAUCGGGCCACUACAAGGCCUGGAUCGCCGGCCGCCAGUUCCGGUCCACCCCCCGUGGCCACCCGGCUGCUCAGGCCUCCCAGGCCUCCCCGGCGCCCCGGAGGCCCGGCCAUGCGCCCCGGCGCCAGUUCAGCGUGGAGAAGCUGCCUGAGGCCUUCAGCCCGCAGCCCCCUGCCCUUUAUGGUAGCGCCGGCCGCGGGCCCCGGCACCUGAGCACUAACAGCAAAGCCGAGGUCACCGUGUGAAGACAGGGCGCCGGUGCUUCUGGGGGCCCUCGCCUGCCUGGGGGGCACGGGCUGUGGAAGGCCAGCCCGCCCUUAUGCCUGCCCCAGUGGACUGAGCCUGGGAGCCUGCAGAGCUAAGGGGCCCACUGGGGAAG